AUGGCAGCCAACGCUCCCUCCAAACUAAUCCAAGAUAUUUGCACGCAAGCCGUAAAAUUUCAGGCUAAAUAUGAUAACUGUGUCAGUGCUCUUGAAUUGGAUCCUAAAGCUGCCUCAGCAGAUGUCGCCACCCUCGCUAAAAUUAGUAUAAAGUUAGGAAUUUCCAACAUAACGGAUACCCAAAAUUACAUAAAGAAUUUACUUAAGAAUGCCUCAGCUGAAUUACAAAAACCCCUCAAAACUUGUUUGUCAUGGUACGAGGCUGCCACAAAUUCAUUCAAAAGUGCAUUUUUGGAGCUAACUGAAGAUCCUCUUACAGCCAACUAUGAUAGCAAGAUUGCCGGUGAUGAUGUCCAACUAUGUGAAGAUGAAUUGGCAAGGGAGAAGGCUCAAAUUCCAGAAGUUACAACCAGAAGCAACUAUGGAAAGCUUUAUAGUACGAUUUCAUUUCUUGUCACAGACCGUCUUUGA